CUUGUGCGCACACACGCACCCUCGUCCUCGCUCUUUCUCUCCAAUGCACACGUUUCGUGCAAGCUACAAAGCAGCUGACCCUACAACAAAAGCUGCACACUGCACAGAGGAGAGUGGGGUGAAAGGAGAAGAGAAGUGACAGCUCUUAGUCAGUUAUCCGUGUGCGUGUGACUAACUCUCCUGGAAAAAGUCUGCAUGACAGGCGCAGUGAGAGGACAGGACAAAAAACUACAAGACAAAAACAUUUGCAACAACAAAGCAAGGGAAGGAUUGCUGCCGGACGUAGUCAACAGUGAGAGGAGUAAAGUUUGCACAGGCAGAUCCAUGGAGACAAGACGCUGGAGGCUCUACUCUGUGAAAAGCUCUUCUUUGCCCAAUUUCUAAAAAGCUCAGACAAGAGUCAGCAGUGCUGUUUCACCACUUUUAAAGACAACGUGCUGUGAAUGCCAUGCCUCUGUUCAGCUGGAUGAAAUGGUCGCAUGAGACAAGAGUGCAGGCUCAGGAUGAAACACCAUCUCUGAAAAUCUCAGGGGGGUUACCCAGCCGCAUGCUGAUCACAGAGCUCCUGUGGCAUGUGGAAGAGCGCGAGCGGCUGGCGAGAGAACUGGAGCGUGAGCAUAGGAUGGCUCACAGCACUCUGGGUCUCCACUGGUUUCAAAAGUACCCCAGGUUGCGGACCCUCAUCCCCUCAUCAGAACUACAACAGCUGGAGUUCUUGUGUGCCCAGAUCCCAUCUAUCCAAGCAGCCACCGUCCUCUCCAGGUUUCGUGAGGUGCUUGCCACUAACAACAUACGACCCUGGGAGCUGGCAUCUGUGUUUAAGCAAAUACUAAAGGACUUCCUGAGCCAAAGGGGAUAUGAUGAAGAGGAUGACCUCUCAGUGCAGCCGGUGCAGUUCCAACCCAUGGAGGCUUGGACCAGCCGGUACAAAAUGAAGCAGGGGUUUGUCACACCCACUGUCCCCAACUGUGGCGACCAUCCAAGGGAAGAGAUCCCAACGGUCUCUGGAUACGUGGAUCGGGUCAUGCGGCACUCUGGUUCAUUCACAGCACACAGGGACUGGGACCUUCCAUAUUAUUAUCCAGUACCUCUCAGGUCCAAAGGUGCUUACAGCACCACACUGUGAAAGGACAACUCUUUAACCAUCUGCAACCAACAGCAUGGAGACCAAAUCGCAAUAUGCGUCUUAGAUAUAGACAUUUCACUAGCUUUACCAAAACGUGGAAUAGCACUAGGCUAGGUGUUAUAUGUACUCAAAUGUUUAAUUAAUGGCAAUAACUAAUUCUUAUCCCUACUUCACAGCCUGAGUUGUUUAGUUACUCCUUAUUCUAAACCUUCAAUUGAACAGCUGGAGAUGCAUUUCAGAGAUGCCAAGAACCUGGAGUGAUUUUAAUAGUAAAAGCACUAGAUGCCUUUUUGGCUUUUGGCUAAGUGACAAACUGACUGAGUUGGUCAAUUUGUGGUAGCUCAUUAAGAGCUCAAAAUGUCCAGCUUUUGGAGUGAAUACAUGUGUAAAAACAUGACUGGCUCACAUAUAGUUAAUGCAAAGAUGUAAAGACUCCACGUUACCUUAUCUAACACAAGUCAGUCAACUUUCCUGUUAUUGCUGGCCAAAACCUCUUGGGGUGGCAAACAUUUUAUAUGCAGGAAAAACCCUGGAAAUCUGAGUGAGCACUCUUUAAUGUAAAUGUUUCAGACUGAAAAAUAAAAAAAACAUUGAGCUAAACAUUUUAUAUAGAUUAGGCAGAACUCACCUUGAUUUGUGUAGGACUUGUUUUUGUUCUUGUGUAUCAGUGUUUAACUUCCUUUCGGAGUCCUAAAUCCCUUGACAAACAGCAGCUAUUGUUCUGUGCUACAGUUAAGACACCCUUCAGGAAGAAGUGUAGCAAUGCACUAUUUGAUGGUCAUUAAACUCAAUCAACCAACUUGAAAAACAGAUCAACGUGUAAAUGGUAAUAAAUAGUAUGUUUUCCAUUUAGCUUAUCAAUAUACUAUUGGACAAAAAAUAUUAUUAAGUUGUUGCCUUGACUAAAGAACGUCCUUUAUAAAUAAAAAACAAACAAACAUUAAAAUAAGAUUUACUAUAAUUCAGUUUGCAUUAGUGAAGGCCUCAGUCGGAUCAACACUGAUAAUCUAACCAUUAAUUUUUGAUAAUUCACAGGUAAUGAAAACCUUAAAAUAAAGAAAAACAUGCAAAGACAAAAUGAUAUUUUUCACUUGUCUGUUUUAGAUGACCUGCAUCAAACAACAUGGUAAGAAAAUGUGGGGACUUAUGCAGUCCAUCUUUGGGACUGUUUAUCAGACCCACAUCAACAGCAUC